GCGCCCAUUUCAACUUGCCUAUGCUGCUACAAUUUUUAAGUCCUGUACUGCAGUCACGCAUUCACCGUUCUCUUCUCGAUUUGCACCCGACCACUUGUACCAACGAGCUAUCUAGCUGGAGCAAUCAUUCAGUGCGCUCAUGAGCGUGAGAGAAGCAUUCUUAUCGUUUCACAACCACUAGCUCAAUAAAGCAAUCGCUAAAUACGGUAGAAAGGAAUUCAAAGGAUCCAUAUACCCGUCCUAGGAGGUUUGACGAUCGAGUGAGCUGGAAAACAGUGGCGUUCCGCUGCUGCCUGCUAUCAUCUUGUGGUUGUUGUACCGGAUAGUGGCGCAUUGUGUUCAUUGAAACUGCUUGAGAACUGCGAUGGUCAUGGAAGCGAUCUCGAUUGCGGAGAUCGCAGGGAAACGGAAAGCGGACGAUGCUGGCGACACUACCGCCAAGAGCGUCUGUGUCAAGCCCGACCCGGGACGCGACGUUAGGGCGAGCGUCAGCGACGGAGAACGGGAACAGCGUGCGCCUCCGCAGCUGGUGGCAGUGGUGACGGGGAAGUUUGUCUUGUACGCCCCCUGGUCGAAGGUGGAGGCCCUGGCGAUACCGCAUCACCGGCAGGACAACGAGUGUCACGUCCUCCUGCCGCGGCACAUCGAUCCCUGGGCGGCGCACCUCGUCCUGCUGGCCACCCUCAAUCCCCGUCUGCCCCUGGACGCCAGCGUUCAGGGGCACGGAACUUGUAGCACCGCCAGCCAGCUGCUGGCAGCCGCGGCGUUCUUCAAAAUCCCCCUGCCUGUCACACUGCAGGCGCAGGAUACAACCGACAAAGCGCCAAAACAACCCGUGACCGUGGCGUGUCAGACCGUCCAGCUGGCAAUCAAGACCAUACAGACACCGGCACCAUCGCAUGGAGUUGCGCAGCCAGCGACCAGCGCUCCGUCCAGCACGGCCAACAAAGCGCACGGAAACGCCAGCCAAAGCAAACCACCGUCGGUCGAUCCUGCUAUGGCUUACGCGCAUCUAUCUUUAGUGGAGGUCCUGGCGUUGAUCCGGCAAGAUUUCCUGCCUGUCACCUCGGAGAUGGAGUUGUAUCAAAGAGUGAUGAACUGGUGCCACGUUGACUACCCAGCGCGCUGGACGGCGGAGAAUUUCCAGGUUCUCAUGCCCGAGAUCCGCUGGGAUCUGCUGUCUGAGAUUCUGCCAGUGGCCAUCCUCACCGCCAGUGAACCACUGCGCGACGUCCUCUUGGACCUGCAGGCGCGCCUCUUCCCGCCGACGGGCGUCCGUUUAAUCGCCGUGCCGCGGGAACGACACUUCACCGAAGUGGCCUGCCUGUUCUACGCCGACCGACACACUGCCAGUCUGCGCCUGUACGACGCGCACCAGAAAAACUGCAUCCGCUUUCGCUGCCGGUGGAACUGCAGACGUGGAACUCUUUGA